AACUACUCGUCAAAAUGAAAUUGACCUUUUUCAUUUCAUAAUUGUGUAGUUAGUGAUGGGAGGGCGUGCAAGGAAUCUUGUAUUUCCACCUGCUAGAAUCAAGCGAAUGAUGAGAAGUGACAAAGAUGUAGGGAAGAUAGCAGUUUCGGCACCUUUCCUACUUAGCAAGGCUCUACAACUUGCUCUAGAAGAUUUCCUUACUACUGCAGCUGAACUCGCAAGACAAAGAAGUUUAUCGGUUAUUACACCAGACCAGUUACGACACUGCGUGGAGAACGAGAAACGUUUUAAGAGUUUACAUCGUGUUGUAGAACACGUCCCACUUACUUGUAAUCAAGUGGAAGAAACUAAGAAAUUGUCUAAAGGACGGAACAGGAACAGGAAAGAGAAUAAUGAAGAAUUUUUUGAGAGCGUGAGUAAAUCCAAGUCGGUUCGAAGGCGCAAUUCUGAAAGAAACGGUGGAAAGAAAAGAAAGAAAGCUUCAAAACAGUCAAAUGUGGUGACAAAUCAAGUAGUGGAACAACAAACAGAAAGUAUGGUGAUGGAACACGCAGGCGAUACAGAACAAUAUGCAAACACAGCUUCACAAAGCAGGCAAGUCGAGAACAAAGAUGUUUCUGAUACUGCACCAGCAGAAGGCUUGUCAGUAAAAGUGUCGUUACAAAGUACAGCAAUUGAAGAUAACUAUGACGAGGAGUGAUCGUUGCUUUUGAUGAAUGAGAGAAAACUGAGCUGCAUUUCUUCACUUUUCCACAUACUGCAAUAUA